GCCCAGUACUGUGUAGUCCCGAGGAGUACAUAAUACAGACAGAGAAGGGGAAGCUGCUUGGGACUGGGAAGGAAGGAGAAGGAGAGAGAUGGCCAAGGCGACGGCGACGACUUUUCUCCACUGCGCUUUCGUCCUCUUUGCGACCGCCUCACUCAUCCAGGCUAAGAAGUCGCAGGAGGACCUGAAGGAGGUGACUCACAAGGUUUUCUUCGACGUUGAGAUUGAUGGAAAGCCUGCAGGUCGUAUUGUCAUGGGCCUCUUCGGUAAAGCUGUUCCCAAAACUGCAGAAAACUUCCGCGCGCUCUGCACUGGGGAAAAAGGUAUUGGGAAGAGUGGUAAGCCGCUGCAUUACAAGGGAAGCUCUUUCCACAGGAUUAUUCCCAGCUUUAUGAUCCAGGGCGGUGAUUUUACUCUUGGCGACGGCAGAGGGGGAGAAUCAAUUUACGGGGAGAAGUUUGCUGAUGAGAAUUUCAAGCUGAAGCACACUGGACCAGGGUUUCUCUCGAUGGCCAAUGCUGGUCCAGACACGAAUGGCUCCCAGUUCUUCAUCACCACUGUGACAACUAGCUGGUUGGAUGGAAGGCAUGUCGUGUUCGGGAAAGUGUUGUCAGGGAUGGACGUGGUUUACAAGAUGGAAGCAGAAGGCAGGCAAAGUGGCACUCCUAAGAGCAAAGUUGUGAUUGCAGACAGUGGUGAAGUCCCUCUAUGAUAUGUUCCUUCCGAUGAAAUAAACAGAUUUUAGUUGACUAGUUCAUGUCGAUUUUCUAGUCGAAAUGUGUUCUUUGGAAGUGAGACUCAUCCUCUUAGUUUAACUCGAAGUUGCAUCUAGUCCCUUUGCGUUUGGUACAUGAUGCUGAACCCUCCCUCUUAUGAUGUAUGUUGGGCUUAGAUUAUAAGCCAUGUGAUUCCCGUGAUGGGAAAAAGAUGAUCGAUGAUACUGUUUCAUGAUUUUC